CCUGCGCCGCGCGGCCGCCCGUCGCUUCGCACAGGGCUGGAUGGUUGCAUCGGGCAGGGUGGCUCCAGGAUGUUAGGGACUGUGAAGAUGGAAGGGCAUGAGAGCAGCGACUGGAACAGCUACUACGCGGACACACAGGAGGCCUACUCCUCGGUCCCCGUCAGCAACAUGAACUCGGGCCUGGGCUCUAUGAACUCCAUGAACAGCUACAUGACCAUGAACACCAUGACCACGAGCGGCAACAUGACCCCAGCUUCGUUCAACAUGUCCUACGCAAACCCGGGCCUAGGCGCCGGCCUGAGUCCGGGCGCCGUGGCUGGCAUGCCGGGCGGCUCCGCGGGCGCCAUGAACAGCAUGACGGCGGCGGGCGUGACGGCCAUGGGGACGACGCUGAGCCCGGGCGGCAUGGGCGCCAUGGGCGCGCAGCCCGCGGCCUCCAUGAACGGCCUGGGCCCCUACGCGGCUGCCAUGAACCCGUGCAUGAGCCCCAUGGCGUACGCGCCGUCCAACCUGGGCCGCAGCCGGGCGGGGGGCGGCGGCGACGCCAAGACUUUCAAGCGCAGCUACCCGCACGCUAAGCCGCCCUACUCCUACAUCUCCCUUAUCACCAUGGCCAUCCAGCAGGCGCCCAGCAAGAUGCUCACGCUAAGCGAGAUCUACCAGUGGAUCAUGGACCUCUUCCCUUAUUACCGGCAGAAUCAGCAACGGUGGCAGAACUCCAUCCGGCACUCGCUCUCCUUCAACGACUGCUUCGUCAAAGUGGCGCGCUCCCCGGACAAGCCGGGCAAGGGCUCCUACUGGACGCUGCACCCGGACUCCGGCAACAUGUUUGAGAACGGUUGUUACUUGCGCCGCCAGAAGCGCUUCAAGUGUGAGAAGCAGCCGGGGGCCGGGGGCGGAAGCGGGAGCGGGGGUGGCGGCGGCGCCAAGGGCGGUCCUGAGAGCCGCAAGGACCCCUCAAGCGCCGCCAACCCCACUGCCAACUCGCCCCUUCAUCGGGGCGUGCACGGUAAGGCAGGCCAGCUAGAGGGCGCGCCGGCCCCCGGGCCGGCUGCCAGCCCCCAGACUCUGGACCACAGCGGGGCGACGGCGACAGGGGGCGCCUCGGAGUUGAAGACUCCAUCCUCCUCGGCUGCGCCCCCGAUCAGCUCUGGGCCCGGGGCACUGGUAUCUGUGCCCCCCUCCCACCCGGCGCAUGGCCUGGCCCCCCACGAGUCCCAGCUGCACCUGAAAGGGGACCCCCAUUACUCUUUCAACCAUCCCUUCUCCAUCAACAACCUCAUGUCCUCCUCGGAGCAGCAGCACAAGCUGGACUUCAAGGCGUAUGAGCAGGCACUACAGUACUCGCCCUAUGGCGCUGCGUUGCCCGCCAGCCUGCCCCUCGGCAGCGCCUCGGUGGCCACCAGGAGCCCCAUCGAGCCCUCAGCCCUGGAGCCGGCCUACUACCAAGGUGUGUAUUCCAGACCCGUCCUAAACACUUCCUAGCUCCCUGGGACUGGGGGUUUGUCUGGCAUGGCCAUGCUGGUAGCAAGAGAGAGAGAGACAGAGAGAGAGAGAGAGAGAGAGAGAGAGAGAGAGAGAAAUCAACAGCAAACAAAAACCACACAUACCAAGCCGACAACAGCAUAAUGAAAUCCCAACUAUUUUUAUUUCAUUUUGUGUGUGUGUGCACAAUCUUUUCCCCAGUGCAAAGGACUGUUACUCUGUUAUUGUAUUCGAAAUGCCUUGUGUAUAUUAUUACAAAGAAAACCAGUCCCAAACCAACACAAUUUUUUCCUGCAAUGUUUAACAAUCCACAAAUGUAUAUAUAAAAUCCUCCUACUUCCUUAUUCCUCUCCCUUUCUUCCCUCUUUCCCCUCCAGACACCGUUCUAGUCUGUGCAGGGUUUAUUUAAAAAGAAAGAAAGAAAUAAAGAAAGAUGGUCAAACUUGUAAAAUAUUUGUUUGUGCUUCCCCCCACCCCCACCACCACCACCUGACCCUCCACAAGUUUACAGGUCUGUGGCAAUACUCUUAACCAUAAGAACUGAAAGGGUGAAGAAACAAGUAGACACUAGGGGCUAUUAAAAGUAUUUGAAGGACAAUACUGCUGUUAUGCAGCAAAACAUAAAUUGAUUAUAAACAUCAGAGCCAUUAUUCAGCUUCCAUUUCUGAUACAUUCAGAUAGCUGAUGUCUUAAAAUGAAAUACACAUAUAUUAUGUACGAACUUAUUUAUGCACAUGCUCAAAUAUGUAGACAUCCUCCAUAUAUUUGCAUAACAUGUAGAAAUAAUAGGUGAUAUACAUGGUACAUUUUCAAGAGUUGCCUGACCAAGAAGUUACAAAGACACCCUCCUCCCUUGUCCUCUCCACUCACAUAUAGCCCUGAGAAUCAAUUCCUCAAGAAUUGCCAUCCUCAAUAACUCUGCUCCUUGCUUUGCAGAGUACCAUUGUCAUGUCAUUCUGAGGUCACAUAACAUGUACAAAAUUAGCUUCUAUGUAUCUGUACCAUUUAAAUAAUAUUUUUUUUUUCCAGGAAAAAGGGAAUAUUACAAUGUUGGAGGAGAGAUAGGUUAUAGGGAGUGGUAUUUCAAAAUUUGGUCCAAAAUUCCAAAAUCCAACUGAUUGUGGCCAUUUCAAUUAUUGCCAUCGUGUGCUUGUUGAAUUCAGUGUUAAUGCACUUUUCACAGUUGGACAUGGUGUUAGUAUAGCCAGACGGGUUUCAUUAUUCUUCUUUGCUUUCUCAAUGUUAAUUUAUUG